CAAAUGAAAUCAUUAACAUUGUCAGUUUGUGUUACCUUGGCCAUUACAUGUUGCCUGUUUCAAGUUAGCAAUGGUGCGGUGACCACCAAUGAAAAUGGUGAAAGUCAAUUUCAUUUUGGAUUCAAAACCAACAAUGGCUAUCAACGUGUCGAAGACAUUAAAUUCAACAAAACCUCAAAUGCCAUUGAAGAUACCAAGGAUAAAAACACUGAAGAUCCGGUAGAAUUUCGUGGCGGUUAUAGUUUCAUCUCGGCCGAUGGUUAUGAAUACACCGUUAAAUACAAGGCCAACAAGAACGGAUUCCAACCCUAUGUGACGGCCCAUAAAAUAAAAGAUAGUCCUUAAGAAU